AUGCCACACCUGCUGGGCAAAAAGUCUUGGAACGUCUACAAUGCGGACAACAUCGCCCGCGUCCGCCGCGAUGAGGCCGCAGCCAAGGCGAAAGAGGAGGCCGAGGAGCAGCGCAUGCAAGAGGUCGACGCCGAGCGUCGGCUAGCGAUUCUACGGGGUGAGGACCCGCCACCACUGUCACCAACAGAGGAGGCACCUGAAGAUGAGCCAAUAUCUCGGGACCGGUCCGCUGGUCCUCACGCCAGGCAAAGGACGAAGCGCAAGCGCGCUGGCGAAGAUGACACCGACUUCGAGUUACGCAUUGCGAGAGAACGUGCAGACGUCGUGCAGACUGCCAACGGUAAUUUGCGCAAGUCAACGAGUUCUGCGCCGAUUGUCGACGCGACUGGGCACAUUGACCUCUUUGGCGAAGAACGAAAGCAGGGCCGCCACCUGAAAAAUGAAGAGGCGGAGAAGGAGGCCGCAAAGAAGAAGAAAGAACUCGAGGACCAGUACACAAUGCGCUUAUCAAAUGCCGCCGGCAGGGACGGCCUGGUUGGCCCUUGGUACGCAGCAUCUGGAUCGAAAGCUGAACUCGCAGAGCUUGAGCCCGCGGGCAAGGACGCAUUCGGCAACGAUGAUCCCGGAAGGAAGAAGAGAGAUGCUCAAAGGAUAGUAGCGAGUGAUCCUCUCGCGAUGAUGAAGAUGGGGGCAUCGAGAGUGAGAGAGGUCAAAAAAGAGCGUCAAAAGUUUGAAGCUGAGCGGCAGAAGGAGCUUGAGCAACUGCGGGUGAAGAACGUCAACCUCGACAUGAAUCUCGUGGGAAGGACGGUGAUAAAGCCAGAUCUCGCCCAGGGAGAGACAGCGACCGCAGGCCCCGUCGAGAUGAAGAGCGACCCCGCAGUAGAGACCCUCGUCAUGAAGAGAGGAGCCGUCGACGAGAACAGAGGGACGAGAAGGACAAGAGGCCGAGAACAGAUGAAAGGAGUCGCGAUGAAGGAAGACGUGACGCGAGCAACGAACGAAGCAAACGAGACUCUGAUUCACGACAACGAAAUGACCAUCGGCGGUCAGCAGAACGCUACGAAACAACCAAGUAUUAAUUAG